AUGGAACUAGACCAUGAAGAAGAAGUUCCUUAUUUGGAAAUAUAUCGUGAACGUGACAGGCAGCUUGAAAAUGCAUUCGCGCAAGUACACGCAUUUCAGAUACUGGAACACGCAGAGCCGGUGGAAGUAGACCAUGAAGAAGAAGUUCCUUAUUUGCCAAUGAAUGAAGACCAGUUCUUACAGGCUAAGCAGUCUAUGAAUGCAGGACAAAAGGAAAUUUUUACAUUAGUUACCCAGUCCAUACAAAAUCAAAUGUCAGGUGCUGAAGAACGUUUAAAAAUAUUCUUUACAGGAGGAGCUGGUGUGGGCAAGACUUUUCUAUUAAAGUUAUUACGAGACCAAAUUAAUAGGUGUUACGCAAAGGAUACGGUUAAAGUCUGCUCACUAACAGGAGUUGCAGCUAGAUUAAUAAAUGGAGCUACGAUACACAGUACUUUAAAUUGCCUGUACAGAAAGACGGUCGCAUAA